AUGAACCCAGUCAUAGCUCUAUGUCAUAAUCACACCAUACAACAUUUGCUAACUAAACUUAAUCUGCAUGCAUUGCAGACGAAGACAGAAGAUGACGAUGCUUCAUCGGAUGCUGAAUCCGAACUCGAUGAAGAGGAUGACAACACGACCGAUGGCAUUGUGCUGUUUAUAGCCUUCUUGAUGUAUAUAAUUGCUGGCUCUGUAGUUAUAGCUGCAUACGAGCCCGAAAUGGAUAUGUUUGAGGCAGUUUACUUCAAUUUUGUAACCCUUACUACGAUAGGCUUGGGCGAUUUGGUCCCACAAAGCGACACAUAUUUGAUAAUCACACUCGUAUACUGUGCGAUAGGACUGGCUUUGACAACAAUAGCUAUCGAAAUUGCAGCUGAUACGCUGAAAAAGCUGCAUUACUUUGGCAGAAAGGUCGAAAACGUAGCUAAUGUACAAGUAUGGUUCGGAGGAAAGAAGAUAUCAAUGAAAGCCCUUGUGAAAAAUCUUGGCGAUCAAUUCAACGUACCCCUCGACGAAUUAGAUAAUCUCAAUCUGGAACAAUUUGUCGAUAAUGCCAUCAAAGUAGAGCAAGGCGAAUUGGCAACUCUGAGGGUAAGUGUGAACAUUUCACUGAUUCUUAUUUUCAUCAUAAAGCAGACGCGUACCAAAGGGAAAGGAAUCUUCUAUCCGCUUCACUUACUGAGAUUGAGCAAUAGUCAGUGA